UAAGCAACAACCAAGGGUGUUGUUUUGCUUUGUUAGGGCAUGUUUGGAUUGUUCAUUGAUGGGGAAUAAUACCAAGCCUGGCCAGCUCUUAUUCCCAUCCACUUCACAUGCAGACAAAAAAAAUUUAAACAAGUUAGAGAGAGAGAGAGAGAAAAGGGAAGAAAACAAGGUAAGAGGGGAGAGAGAGAGGUAGAGAGGGCUCUGUCUUUCACAAAUUCCAUAUUCCUCUGAUCCCCCCAAAGGACAACAAACCGAUGACGACAAAAACAACUUCUUACAUUGUCGCCAACGCAGCCAUGGAAAAGUCCUUCAAGAUAAGGGCUUUCAUUUCAAUUGACACGCACUCCAGCAACAGAACCCUAGAACUCAACACUAAAUACCUCUGAAGACACUUUGGUGGGUGAAGGGAUUGGAGCAGCAAUUUAGGCAAUUUUCAUAGGGUAUUUUUCUGGGUUUUUUCUUAAUUGGAAAACCCAGUUGAGAAUUUGAAUUUGCUCGUCUUUUAUGAGUUGUUCAGGGAAACACUGCUGAAGUUGCUCUCUCUGGAAAGGAAUAUAUAUGAAAGUUCUGAUUUCAUUAGUUAGGACCUCAGAAAACAAAAAGCUCCUUUCAACCGAGGCUAAUGCAAUUAUUUGGCUUUCUUGAGAGUCCAACCAACUUGUUAAUGGCAGGAAUGAUUCAAGAGGACGGAUCUUCAUCUGUAACUUCGUCGCCCCUUCAAAUCUUUUCCCUCAUGUCACUUUCUCCGGGUUUGGGCUCACCAUAUCCCUGGCUUAAGGAGCUGAAAUCCGAGGAGCGGGGUUUGUAUCUUAUCCGUCUUCUCCUGGCCUGUGCUAACCAUGUUGCCGCUGGCAGCAUUGAGAACGCAAAUAUUGGCCUUGAGCAUAUUUCCCAUCUAGCUUCUCCUGAUGGAGAUACAGUCCAGCGAAUAGCUGCUUAUUUCACUGAAGCACUUGCUGAUCGAAUGCUGAAAGGUUGGCCUGGUUUGCACAAGGCCCUCAAUUCGACAAAGAUAUCUUCUAUAUCUGAAGAGAUUCUUGUCCAGAAAUUGUUCUUUGAGCUCUGCCCCUUCCUGAAGCUCUCAUAUGUUAUUACCAACCAGGCUAUUAUUGAGGCCAUGGAAGGGGAGAAGAUGGUUCAUAUUAUUGACCUCAAUUCAUUUGAAUCUGCCCAGUGGAUUAAUCUUCUUCAGUCAUUAAGUGCACGGCCAGAAGGUCCACCCCAUCUGAGAAUUACAGGUAUUCAUGAACAGAAAGAGGUGUUGGAUCUAAUGGCUCUUCAGCUGACAAAAGAAGCCGAAAAAUUGGAUAUCCCAUUUCAAUUUAAUCCUAUAGUUAGCAAAUUAGAGAAUCUUGAUUUUGAAAGUCUGCGUGUUAAGACAGGAGAAGCACUUGCAAUCAGCUCCGUACUACAACUUCAUACUCUCUUGGCAAUUGAUGAUGAGAUGGUUGGAAAAUCCCCUUCAGCAUCCAAGAACACUAGUGCAGUUCACUUGCAGAGAGUUUUGCAGAUGAACCAACGCACAUUAGGAGAGUGGCUCGAAAAAGAUUUGCCCAAUGUUUACAUUCCAAGUCCUGAAUCUGCAUCGGCAUCAACAUCCUCCCCACUAUCUUUGGCCAGUCCACCAAAGAUGGGGAGCUUUCUUGCUGCUCUUUGGGGCCUCUCACCAAAGCUGAUGGUGGUAACAGAGCAAGAAUCAAACAAUAAUUGUCCUACUCUGAUGGAAAGAGUCAUGGAAGCAUUAAAUUUUUAUGCAGCACUAUUUGAUUGCUUGGAAUCUACCUUAUCAAGGGCAUCCAUUGAGCGACAGAAAGUGGAGAAGAUGCUUUUUGGAGAGGAAAUUAAGAAUAUCAUAGCAUGUGAGGGACCCGAAAGGAAAGAGAGGCAUGAAAAGCUUGAGAAAUGGGUUAUGAGGCUUGAGCUGUCUGGGUUUGGGAGGGUGCCUCUGAGCUACCAAGGAAUGUUGCAGGCAACGAGGUUGCUGGUGAGUUAUGGUUAUGAUGGGUAUAGGAUGAAAGAAGAGAAUGGGUGUUUGGUCAUUUGCUGGCAAGACCGGCCCCUUUUCUCUGUCUCUGCUUGGAGGUUUAAGAGGUAUGAUUAAAACAUUUGACAACACGGAGACUUAGUUUUCCAUUUUGUCUUCUCUGUAUAAAGGAUAUUCAAGUUUUGUCAUUUCUCUGAUAGUGCAUAGUGUUUUGUGGAAAGGUUUGAAGAACUUAAUUCUCUGUUCUACAUCUUGUUCAUUUGUUUAUUUAUUCGCUCCUCUUUUAUCUUUC